GAGACUCCGCGUGCGACGCGUCGGUUGUUGUGGCUCUUUUCCUGUACCGAAAGGCGAUCACGGGAUGCGCUGAUUUUUCGAUCGUCGCCACGUGUCGGAAAAUCGUCAGCCGAUAACCGAUCCCCGGGGAACGAAACGCAGUGCGCGGCCGUACGACACAGUGGAGGAGUUCUAUUGUUCGAGAACGCGAUAUACACCCGUCCUCCGCUGCCCCGGCUGGAUCAAGUGAUACACGAGGUGUCCGAACGCUCCGCACCCCCAUUCAAACGUUGACCGCGUCGGAUCAUGCGUCGGACGGGAUACCGGCGCGAGUAGAGCGGCGGCCGGGCGGCGCUCGCUCGCGCGCGCGUGUGCCGGAAGCGUUGUGUGUUUUUGCAUCGGCGAGUGCGGGCUGAGAGAUCGUCGCGGACCACGGCGCCACGCCGGCCCGAUUCGUGUCCACGCGCGACGAAUAGGUGCGUGACCAGUGUGGGAUCGAUUCUCAUUUGUGGUUGUGUGUGCGGUGGCGGUGUGACAGGAGCUAGAGGGCGAGAACGGGCCGGGAGCUGAGGGGCAACGCGACCCGAGGAAGCUUCGAGGAACGUUAAAUGAAUGUUGUUGCAAGGGGCAGCUGUGAUCGUAAGGGUAGAAUCGGUGCGCGGCGUGAUCGGCCGAUUUCAAUUCAUAAAUGUGCGAGUGGUGGAGCCCACAAUGCUGGCUCGGCUCCCGCAACAAGUUCUGCUGCUGCUGGUACUCGUCACUGGGACGGCCGCGGAAGCCACACGCGAGACGGAGCAGUCACUUUCGGCUACGUACGACGCACGAAGGACCAGUCGAUCCUUUGCUUGGUCGUCCUCCAGCACAGACCGCACCACGACGCCGAGCAAAUCCGUCGGAAAGUUUCGUCAGAUGAAUUCCUGGCACGCGGAUAACUCGAACUCGAGGGAACGGGUUACGCUCGGGAUGCUAGGGAUGGUCAACGAGGGUCCGAUGGCGGCGGGGACGGGAACCGAAACGCAGAGGAAUGUUGAGACGUCGGGAACGAACAGUGACAAGGGAAAAGUGAAAAUCUCGCAUGAAAAUUCGAGCCCGUCCUCGAGGGCCACGCCUGACGCCAGACAGAAAAUAAAUCAAUCCGCUGGUCGGACAUUUAUUCAAUCACCGAAAGGAGUAUCGAGCUACAAGAAGGUGACCGUCUCGAGAACUUUUGAUAACACAGUGCCGCCGCAGGAAAAUCGGUUGGUACACUGGCCUGUCUCGUCGAGGGUACAAAAUGGCUUCACGACGCUGUCGACGCCGUUCCGAGGUACCGGUGUGGUGCGUCGUCAAAUGCGACACGUUCCAGACGCGUGUGAGAAGUUCAACAUCGGUGACGAGACCAAGCAGGAAUUUUACAGUCCGAACUAUCCGGACAACUAUCCGAACCUCACCGAGUGCAUCCGGGUACUGGAAGCUGACAAAGGUAUGCUGCUGAAACUCGACUUUCGAGACGAAUUUAAGCUCGAGGAGAGCACCGACUGCCGUUACGAUUUCCUCGAGGUACGUGACGGGCAGCACGGCUACUCCAAUCUCCUCGGCAACUUCUGCGGCACGAAUUUCCCCCCUGAGAUCACGUCGAAGACGAGAUACCUCUGGCUGCGAUUCUCCAGUGACGAUAGCAUCGAGGGCAAGGGAUUCAAGGCCGUCUGGAGUAUGAUACCCAGGCCAACCUAUCCGGGGGUGCCGCCGGAACCGGAGCCGUGCGUGAAAGACGUGUCCGGGAUGGAGGCGAUUAUCAACAGUGACCAAGUGUUGGACAGAAAGAAACUCGCUGAGAAAGAGGGCAUACCGUUGGACUGCCUAUGGAACAUCACGGUCAAGGUGGGGUGGAAGAUUCAGCUGACGUUCUCGGAUCCCUUCAAGCUGCAACGACCGAACGAGUGCGACGCCAACUUCGUGGACAUAUUCAAAGAACGCACUGACAUGUCCUCGAGAGAGAAGAAUUUCUGCGGCAGCAUCGCCGACACCGUGCUCAUCCAGACCAAUAUCGCCUUUGUCAGGUUUUACGCCGAGCCGAAAGCACUGAACAGCAGCUUCGAGGCCGUCAUGACAGCCCUCAGGGACAGAGACGCGGGAGACAAACCCUGCCGCGAUGACGAAUACUAUUGCGAGGACGCGACUUGCAUCGCGUUGGAAUUGCAGUGCAAUGGAAGGGUCAAUUGCCGUUUCCGUUGGGACGAAGAAGACCAAGCCUGCAACACGAAAAAGUCGCGACUGAUUGACUCCCAGCACAUCGUCAUAAUCCUCAUCGUCUUCUCACUGAUACUCUUCGGUAUGAGUUUCGCCUUCGUUUUCAACUGUGUGAGGAAGCUAAUCCGGGAUCAUCGAAUCAUUCGGGAGCACAUCAGGCAGUCCAGGGAGAAUCGAUUAGACGAACUCGGCCGUAAGGCAACACCCUGUCCAAUCUCGUCUUCCAGAACAGAUAUCGGGGACCGAGGCAGCGAAUCACCGAGCUUGGAAGUGGUCCCCAGCAAGGAGCUUUUACCGCCCACCACCCUUAUAGCUCAGGAUUACACUAAGGAACUCGUAUUAGAGAUGGCAUACAACACCAGGGAUAUGAACGACAUCCACCAGAGUAACAACGUCAGCAACGCGACGCAGGAACGCCUUCAGGAAUCCAACGACGAGCCAGAAAUGCGGGACAGUUCCUGUCAAACGCGGGAGAGCCUCUUCGAGAUGCCCCUCGGCUUCACGACAUUCGGUGUUCGGGGGCCAGGCUCACAAAACGGGACCAACCAUCUUCAUCAUCACCGUCAUCACCACUUGCACCACCAUCAAAGUCCUUCGAACUCGCGACAAAGCUCUCAGCUUUCCCAGCAACAGUCUUCCGAGCACAGUCCCGAGCACUCAACCUCCCAGUGUUCGGGAUGCAGUCCAGCUUCGAGGGGUCGAGACGGCAGCAUGGGGAUCUGCCCGAAGCACAAUCCGAUCCCAGCUCCGCCCGGCUGGUCAACCCACGAGUCCAGCUAUCCACUGCCUCUACAUCAAGGUUCUCCUUUUAAAGAACCGCCGGACUAUCCGUCUUACCAGAGGUUUCAAAGUCCACAGCCCAACAGGGAAAACAGUGCCUAUCGUCAAUCCCCUAAACUGGUCAGGCAAGCGACAGUUGGGUCAGGUGAGAGGUACGGCAGCUCUCUCUACGGAUCCGGGGCUGGAUCCGGCAAUACGCCAAACUCCCAGCACUCCAGCACGCCAAAGUCUACUCAGCAAACGACACCCGACCCGAGGUACCGAGCGGAGGCAGUGAUAGAGAUCGAUCAAAGGCGGCCGUUCAGUAUAGAAAGCACAAAGAGCGCUCCGGACGUGAUCGCGACGCACUGACGCCGGGAUCCAGGGGAUUGGGAGCCUUACAAGCGACGCCAUCCCCGUCAAACAGCAACCGAUCGUCAGCUGUCUAGUCGGACUGAGGGAAACAAAGUGACUGUGGCUACGCAGAGCUCGCUGGACGAUGACGCGUCAACUAGCUCGACGGUUGAGGCGAAUUCAUCCUCCUGAUCCACGUGUACUGGCGCGAUCGAUCGGCCUGACCAAUUUGACUACUCGGACCAGGACGAUCGAGCGUCUCUGGACAAGUUCGCACGGAACGUCAGCCAGAGCUCCGAGGUAUCUUUAGGAACGGUGAAACGAAACAGCCUCCCGUCACAGGAACUGAACGAUAUAAAAGAGACGGAGCCUCGUUCGGGCGGUAUCGACGAAACCGGCGGGACGAAACUAUACGACGUAUCCGGACCAGGGUCUACUGGGACAAAUGCGAGAACAUUUCACGGUAAUGUCGCUAUCCUACAGUCGACCGGACGCGAUAAAAAAGAACCAAUGGACGGUGUUACGGUUUUGACUCCGUUGCGCUUGGAAACGGACUAUUCCAGGCUGAAUAGUCUUCUAAUCCUUAGGCCACCGGAGGCCUUCAGAGCUCCCAUUUUCCGAUGCAAAGCGCCGACUCUGGCCUGGCAGCACUGCAGCUGCCCUUCCCAUUCGCAUUUGCCGCCCAGAAGAUCGUCGGUCAUAUGGAGUGCCUUGAAACGCAACAACCAGGAGCCAUUCUAUCGUACGUGGCCCAACAGAGCCGCCAGAAGAUUCGCGCGGCCCUCGAGGAGAACCGUCGGAACGCAAAGCUCGCUGGACGGCUCGAGAUCAUCCCUCGGCACCAUUCGUUGCGUGGUCAGAUCGAUCGACAUGACCGAGAGGUCGAUGGAUCUGGAGAUCGGGGCCACCAUACCCUUCUAGUGUUUACUUCAGCACCGAAGUGUUUCUUUUGCGCGUCGGAUCGAUCAGAUAUCACGGACCAAAGUUUUUGUAAGCGAGACAUGGGAUAUGCGAUGUCUGCUCUGUUAUUGUUAACGUGGGUAUUGUUAUCGCUUAGGUCGGGCAUGUCUGUAUACGCGUAAUAUAUUGUGUUUGUAAAAUAUGUUGUUACGGAAAUUCUUGCUGCCGUUAACCAUAUGGUUUUUCCGGUCAAGAUCGCUGGUAUUAUUGUUAGAUCGAUGCGCACGAAAGGUUAUUUUUAAUAGGGAAGUUCGUUUAGAGAGGUCACCAUUUGAGGUUUAAAACGUUCAAACAAUGCUUCAUAUGCACCCAUUUAGUACGGGGCGUUUCUUCAUCCUGAUCAUAAUAAUGAUAAGAAUAAUAAAAUAUUGUUUCGCGAUCAAAAUGGCUUGUGUGUUGAAAUGUUAUUUAAUUGUUCGUAACUUUUCAAUCCUGAGAUGAUUGUAUAUGAUUAUUAUUUAUAAUGAUUAUUUCGACGUACUGUUUAUGCAUACGGUUAAUUUAAUUCUUUUAAACAGUUCAUCCGCAACCAUUUCAAGUUGAUUUUGAAAAGAAAUAUUCCAAACAAGAAUGAAAUUAUACGGUUUUUAAAGUUAGUGGCACAUUUAGUAUUCAUCAUAUAUAUAAUUUGAUAAAAGCCAAUCGUUAAUUAAAAAUAACAAAUAUUAAAAGGAAUAUAAUGUUAGUCAGUAUAAUUCCUACCCAUUAAUUUUUCCCAUUUGCCAUAAACAUCACAUCUGAAUAACCUAUAAAAACGUAACUAAAAAAGCAAUAAAAGGGAAAGAAGCGCCCUGUAUAAAUUCAUAUUUUCAUUUGCAUAGAUUCAUGUCAUAAUGAAGACAUAUUAGCGAACUGCUUAAACUAUUCCUUUACGUCCGCAAUAAUAAACAAAAACGGAUAUCAAUCGUGGGUAUCAUGUAAGCACCGAUACUUGCCGGGACGCUUCCAGGGCAAUUUUAGUUGAUUACGCUACCGUCAAAGUCGAGAAGCAAAUGGUUUGUCCUGAAGCACACCUUAGAAACACAUUCGAGGCACAAAGAAACGGCGGUGAACGUCUUUUUCAGAUGUUUUUCACUAGAAAAGAAUGAACCUCGUGGGAACGAGAUACAUAACAUAUCGGAAGCCGGAAGUGAGCUCGCUCGGUUGACAAUCGCACUCGAGCGUCCUCUAAGUCACUAUGUUCAGUCCCAACAAUGCCGCGUGGUCGCACGUUUGGCACACGAUCGUUUGAAAGUGUAAAAUGUUUAAGACGACCUCAAGGAGAUCCGUCGAAUGCAAAACGAUUGUUUCGGGCAACGAGUAAGUAGAUUCCUACCGUUAAAGGACACGUCGACACAGUCGACGGGAUAAUGAUAUUCAGGUCUAACAUAACAUAAUAACCCCUUUUGUACACAUAGUGUCGGUUUACGCGGUGAAUAUGUUUACGAAUAAAAGUAUGAAAAAAAAGAAUACGGUUACUGCGAUAUUGGGCGAACUAUUUUUCCACGGUAUUUCCAUUAAAUAGUCGAGAAUACGUAACAGAAUUCACGCACACCCGGAACAGAAAAGUCGAAGCAAUGCAUUUAUAAUUAAUCGCGCUUACGCUCGAACGUGUUCGAUCGGGAUCGGAUCAGCCGGUGCGCUUGAUCGGUCGGUCGUCGGCCUGCCAAACGUACAAAAAUCGUCUCGAUAAACGAAAAGAGUAUGCUCGCUACGUUCGCGAACUAUUUAACAGGUGCUUCGAAUUUAUUUCCCGAUCCCCAUCCCCAGAAAGGUUCGCAUAAUGACGAUAAUCUGUUCUGUAUGGCUUCAACGAAGGUAAAGCGAAAAACGCGACCGCGAAUCCGGCGUUUUGUUCACGAUCGAUUGAUCUUUUUCAUUGGUAUAUCAGCUAUGGAAAUGAAAUCGACGUUAAUUUCGGUGCUCGAGCUCGAGCACGCGGCUAAGCGAACGGAGGAAUAAUUCAAUUAGUCAAUUAAAUGAGAAACGAUCGAUCAGUAAAAAAUAAUAAAGAAUGAAAAUGAAGAAGGUUUGUCAGAACAGACAUUGAACCGGUGAACCGCGUGCGUGUUAACUUUAAACCGGUGUAAGCAAAUAUGUUGCAAAGCUGUCAGGAACUUAGCGUUUAGUUAACGACAAUUCUCGCUUCUGUACAGGUUCGUGUUAACGUUUAUCGUA